UUCUGCGGGGACCUGUGAAGGAUUGUUUUUGGUCCGGGACACUCUGGCCUGACCAUGGACCGGAGGAAAAAGCCUUUGGACGUCACAGCCUCCUCGUUGGUAGACCUUAAGGCCGAACUCUUUCGAAAACAAGAAGAAUUCAAACAAGAAAAACUUCUAAAAGAUUCUGGAGUUUUGGGAAAACCGAAAACAACUAAUAAGAAACCAAGUAUCUGGAACAAACAGAAUGCGGGAGUUUCAAAUCGAGCUGAGAAGGAUGCAGAACAGAAGAUUGAAGAACAGAAGACUUUAGACAAAGCAAGGGAGAAAUUGGAAGAAAAAGCUAAAUUAUAUGAAAAAAUGACCAAAGGAGACUUUAUAGAUGAAGAAGUGGAAGAUAUGUACCUUGUGGAUUUCACACAGAAAAUCAUAGACAGGCACAGAGAAAUGGAGUCGUUUGGUGCCACUAGAGAUUCUAGAAAUGCAGGAGAAAGAGAUGAUGAUGAAGAAAAUCUUUCUGAAAAAGAUAUACCUCCUCCCCAGGACCCCAGUGAAGAAUGGGUGGAUUAUGUGGAUUCUUUAGGACGAUCCCGGCGCUGCAUGAAAAAGGAUUUGCCACAUCUGCUGGAGAUGGAUAAAAAUCUUCAGGGGAAGCUUUUUGUUAGUCCUGCUAAUGAAAAAACCUUACUAUCUGAAGACAUGAGAAAAGAACUUCAGCGCCAGCAAUGGGAGGAAGAAGAACGGGAGGCCCUUAAAAGGCCAAUGGGGCCUAUACAUUAUGAAGACAUUCGUGAAAAUGAGGCCCGGCAACUUGGUGUUGGAUAUUUUGCCUUUGCCCGAGAUAAAGAGUUAAGAAAUAAGCAAAUGAAAACUUUAGAGAUGCUGCGUGAACAGACAACAGACCAGAGAACAAAACGAGAAAACAUAAAAGAAAAGCGUAAGGCUAUAUUAGAAGCAAGACUUGCCAAACUGCGACAAAAAAAGAUGAAAAAAUCAAAAGAUGAUGGAGCAGAGGAAGAAAAUAAAGAUGGAGAUGUUAUUGGGCCUUUACCACCAGAACCAGAGGCCAUCCCAACUCCACAUAUUGCUGCCCAGCGUAGCAAAGUAGAAGUCAUCGUUCAGGAGAGGAAGGAUACCAGGCCCGGAGUGCCACACGUCCGGGAGUGGGACAGAGGAAAAGAAUUUUCCUUUGGGUACUGGUCGAAGAGGCAGUCAGAUCUCCGGGCUGAAAGAGAUCCUGAGUUUGCCCCACCGUCGGAUUACUUUGUGGGUCAAAAGAGAACUGGUACUUUCAGUAGCCAGACAUGGAGCAGACCUGCACCUGCACAGAGUGACGCAGGGCAGCACCUUGGUCAGAACCAUGACCCCAGCUGUUCACAUACAUCAUCCACUCCUGCCCCCAGCGGCCUGCCCCAAGCUCCCACAGUCACUUUUGAAACUCUGGAUGAUAUGAUAUCAUAUUAUAAACAAGUGACAUGAAGUUAAUAUACAUUCUGACUUAGGUCUGUAUGGUUGGUGGUGUCUUCCUAUCCCAGAGCAGAGAAAAUGACUUAAUUUUAGGGACUGAAUUGUAACUUUCUUUUCCCGUCCUUUCCCUAGAAGAUACAGGUUGGAUUUGUCAGUAAGGAAGAAAUAUUCUAUUUAGUAAUAUUUGACACCGAGGGGCUUGUAAUCCUAUCUUUCAUACCUAUUCCCAUGACUUACUCAGAUUUAAGGGCUCCAUUUCUUUCCUUUUGCAAAUGGUAGCAUAUAGAUGUCUUUCCUGAGGGGUCAGCUUCCAGAUCAGUGGAUGGAGCAUCUGUCAGGAGGAACUUUUGCCUGUCAAAGAGUGGUAAAUGAGAAGACACUGUGGGAGGCAAGUGAUCUAAUCUCCAAGAGGACAACUUAGUAUCCUCUUUGCAGCUGCAGACAAGCGGAUGGAGUUGGCCAUUUCCCAAGCCUGUGAGUCCUGUAAGAAUGUGCUAGAGCAGAUCUUCCAAGUGCCCAAAGGAACCCACUCUCCUCUGGGCUCUGUGGUGCACAUGUUUUCUAUUCCCACAGCACAGUGGUGUUGAUGUAAGGCCCUCGUUCUCAUUACAGAUUGCAGAUUGGAGCACAGAGAGGCUCAAUUGACUUGUACAAGGUCAUGUGGCACCUAAAUAGCAUAUCUAGGACUUAUACACAGUUUAGGCUAGGUUUGCUCCAGGUUCAUGCUUUCUCCAGCACCUUGUGCUCUCAGUCUUGUUACUCCAGUAUCAAGCAGUAUUAGACAAAAGUUUCUGAGAACUUAACCUCUAGACUCCAUAUUGAGCAAAAUUGCUAGACCUAUUAAUAGUCAUUCUGUCAGCCUAAUCAGGGAAAUACCUCUUGACAAAUAUACAUUAAAACCUACUGACUCGGCUGCCUUUUUUAUAGAAAUUGACAAGCUGAUCCUAAUAUUUAUAUGGAAUUGCAAGGGACCCAGACUAUCCAAAACAAACUUGAAAAAGAACAAAAUGGAGGACUCACACUUUCUGAUUUUAAGGCUUUCUACAAAGUUACAGGAAUCAAAACAAUGUGGUACUGAUGUAAGGAUAAACAUUAUAGAUCAAUGGAAUAGAAUUGAGAGUCAGAAAUAAACCCAUAUACUUAUGGUAAAUUGAUUUUUGACACCGGUGCCAAAACUACCCAAUGGGGAAAGAAUAGUUUUUUCAACAGGCGAUUCUGGGACAACUGACUAUCCACAUGCAAAAUAAUGAAUUUGGACCUGUACCUCAUGCCAUAUACAAGACCAACUCAAAGUGGAUCAAAGACCUAAAUGUGAGAGCUAAAACUACAAAACCAACUGGAUCAGCUUGUAGGACAAAAGAAGAGAGAAAAAGAAAAAUUGGAAUAUUAAAAAAAAAAAAAAGAAUUAUUAGCUAUCCUAGAAUCAUAAGAAAAACAAAAAAGGGAAGAAGGAAAACAGUUGACAAAUCUGAGAAAGACUGUAUUUAUAUAAGGUAGAGCAGAAGGACUCAAGGCAAAUUGUGGAGUCAGGCAGUAAUGAGCCCAUGAGUAUGGGUGCCAGUGGUCAUGGAAGACGCCACCAAGUAACCUUUUGUUGCCCAGAGUACGUUGGGUAGACAGCGAAGCAGUCUGUGUGGUCACUGUCAACUAAUAAGUGUAAGUGAGAUUUUCUCUACGAUUUCAGAAACUGUAUUAACCUAUUUCCAAUUCCUUUUUUUUAAAUUUUAUUUUAUUUUUUCCAUCACUCCUCUGUGCCCUCUCUAACUGUUCUGUGAGCUCAGUUCUUAUGUUGUCUUCCAUUGCAGACCCAGAGUUCUUCAAGUGUUAAUUAACAGUUUGUUUUAGCAUUUCUCACGGGCCUGUUUUGUAUGAGUACAUCCAGCAGGUGGCAUUAGAAUUCUUAGACUUCAGAUCCACACUUUGCCCAAUAGGAAUAUGUAAGUCUUGUGUCUUUUUCAGUUUUCCAGUAACCACAUUAAAAAAGUUAAUUUUAUUAUAUACUUUUAUUUCAACAUUGAAUCAAUGUAUAAAAAUAUUAAUGAGAUAGUCUAUAUUUCUUUUCAUACCAAGUCUUCAAAAUUCACUGUGUAUCUGCUUAUAAAAAUUUUCAUCAGGAAUACUUGAUCUUUAGAUUUCAUAAAAUAUACAGUUGAAAGAGGAGAUUCACAUAUCUAAGUUGUUCCAAACAUACUUAACCAUGUUUAAAAGUUUGCCAAUAACUGAAUCAAGUGUCAUUUUAAAUUUAAAUUAAUAAAAUGAAAAUAUAGUUUCUUAGACAUAUUAACCGUAUUUCAGGUACUCAAAAGACAUGUGGUCUAGUGCUACUGUACUGCACAGUAUAACUCUAAAUGAUCUGUUUUUACAUGCUCUGGGGCAGGAGUGGGGAACUUUUUUCCUGCCAGGGGCCAUGUGGAUAUUUAUAACAUCAUUCAAGGGCCAUAUAAAAUUAUCAACUUACAAAUUAGUCUGCUGUAUUUGGUCAAACAUUUAAUUAACUAGCCCCUGAUGUGAUGGUGGACUACUCUUUGGUGAGGCCUUGGCAGGGCGAGACCAAAUGAUUUCCCACCCCAGACGCUCCCCACCCCUCCUCUAGGGUCUGACCACACAUGAUCCUCCCAUUAAUAACUAAAGGGUAGACAAACAAUUUCUUCCAAGUGUACAUGAAGCAUUUAAGAUAUUCUUAUGGCUGUGUUUAUCUUGGGAGCAAGUAGUGGUAAAACCUCUUGUCAGAAAACAUGACCACACCUUAUUCAUGUCUUUGUAGAACUAAGCGAAAUGUUUUGGGUCAGAAAUUGCUUUGAAUUAUUUGUUUUCAUUUUAAUCUUUUCUUCAGGCCUUUGUGUGUUUUGAUACAGUUCGUUUGAAUUGGCUAAAUAAAUCAUUUUGUUUGCUUACAAAA